CAUUCAUUGGGCGAAUAGGUUUCAAGCAGUGUUUGACAACACAGCAGAUGAUUUCAAAAAGAAUUCGGUGCCUCUUUCCUCGUGCAGCUUUAGAUUCCCCCGGAAAAUCAGUUCCCAUCAGAAAACCUUUUCCAAAUUUCUUUGUUGUGUACCUUUUUUAGCUGCUUUUUUAAUAAGGCUGAUGUUAUAUGUGUAAUGUGUAGUCACUAUUCACACUUUCUUUGUAAAAGUUUCAAAGGUAGUGAAACAAAGUUAAAGAGAAACAGCAAGGAAGAUGGGUUCAUCCGGGAAUAAUUUUCUCCAAGUUGUGGCUAAGAACUUUGAUGUUCUUGCUUUGCCUCUAGUCGCUCUUGUUUUCCCAUUGUAUGCUUCAAUCAGGGCUAUAGAGACCAGGUCUCGUAGUGAUGAUCAGCAGUGGCUUACAUAUUGGGUUCUCUAUUCCAUGCUCACACUCUUUGAGCUCACUUUCGCUAAAGUCCUUGAAUUGUUCCCCAUUUGGCCUUAUGCUAAGCUAAUUCUUUCAUGCUGGUUGGUCCUACCGCACUUCAAUGGGGCAGCAUAUGUUUAUCGAAACUUCAUUAGACCAUUCUAUAGGGACCCAACAACUUGUCAAAUCUGGUAUGUCCCACGAAAGAAGAACGUCUUCAAAAAGCCAGAUGAUGUUCUAACAGCUGCAGAGAAUUAUAUUCAAGAACAUGGAACGGAAGCAUUUGAAAAUCUUAUAGCCACUAGCAAGGCUGAAAGGGAAGCAAGAACCAGGAGGGGCAACAAUUACAUGAUCUUCGAUGAUGAUUAUAUUUAUUGAAGUGUGGUCUCUAUAUAUGGUUUUUCUUUUUUUGAGAAAAAGGUCUCUAUAUAUGGUUUGGUUAUGAUGUCUUUCAUUCCUAAUUCUGGUCUGUAGCCACUAAAGAUACUAAAUAUAUAUAUUAAUAUCACCUAAUCCAAUUAUGUACUUAAUUUACCCUCUAUUGACUAUUGUUUCCUAAUUUCUAAGAGUAUA